AUGUCAGUAGAGACGAGUGAAGACUUGUUACUCAGUGACAUAGAGCCAUUGCCCUUGUCUGCGCCUCCUUCCCCACCUCCUCCCUCACACCCUGCCCCGGCUCCAUCAUUCCAUCAGCCCUCAGUGGCCCGCUCUUGGCCCACCUCACCCCUCCCUGUGUUGGCCUCCUCUAGCCAGGUCACUGCUCAUCUUUACUCCUCACUGCAGCGCAGUCGAGAGCAGAAGGUCAAAGGUUACAGUGCUCUCCACUCAACCUCUGAUCUCUCAGGAAAAGCAAGACAGGUGUCAUUUAAACUGUCUUCACCUGAUCUCACUCAGAUGAGUGGGAUGGCAGACACACCCCCUCCAUUUUCUGAUAGGCUGGAUAUUUCAGAGGGGGUGGAGUCUAGCUUGUGUGUCUAUCCCUCACCUGGAGCAAGUGAACUGGGGAAAGAGGAGGCGGGGCUAGAGACAGAGCAGUUGGAGACGAAUCUAAAAGACAAUCUGGACAUCAGCACUGCUAAACUCUCGAAUGGCAGACGGCACAUUGAGGAAAUGGAGAGUGUGAGAGGUCAUCUGAAGAUGAUGCUGAAAACAACAGCAAGAUCUUUAGAUGAAGAAGAGACCAUGCCUGCAUUGUCCCACCAUCUCGAGGAUGACUCCUUUGAGAGUGAUGCCACCACACAGCUCCUCAAUGUCUCCCCGGCUCUUCCUCUGGGUGGUCUGGAGGAUUUGUUUCCACGGUAUUCCCGUCUGCGUACAGAUAAUGUUUCCAUUUCCUCCUCAGAGACCCAGGUGCUGCGGGAAAGCCUGGAACGGGAGCGAGCACGCCGCAAGCACUGUGAGAAACAGAUUCUCUCUCUCCAGAACAAGGCCUUACAGCUGCAGCAGCAGCUAGCUCUGGCUGUAUCUGCCGACAGGAAGAAGGAUAUUAUGAUCGAACAGUUGGACAAGACGCUAGCUAAAGUGGUGGAGGGCUGGCGUAGACACGAACAGGAGAAGAGCGAGGGAGUGAGACGACUGCAGGAGGAGAAAGAGGCUGCAGAGGCAGCUCAGGCCAGACAGCAGGAGGUGUUGGCGCGUUUUGAGCAGUCGCUCUCACAGGCUGCAGAGACCUUAGACAGAGAACAGAAACAUGCACAGGAGUUACAAAACACCAACAAACAACUGGAGCUGGAGUUGGUGAAGCUGCGUGGAUCUGUGGAGGAGCUGAAGCAGGAGAGGGACAGGCUGCGUGCAGAGGCUGAAGAGAUGAGGGCAAAGACAGGGAAACUCCAAAUUCAGACCCAGGCCUCACAGGUCCAGCUGGAGCAGCAGAGAGACGAGUGGAGACAGAGAGAGAAUGAAUUACAGCAGGAACUCGCAGUAUGCACAGACCAGCUGGAAAAAGAGAGGACACAGCUGCGUGAGGAGGCCCAGACUAGACUCCAGCAGCUGCAGACAGAGUUAGAGGAGACCAGGAGAGAAAGAGAUGCAACCAGAGUGGACAGAGCUCUAGACCAGGCUCGGUUUGAGGCCCAGAGGUCUCAGCUGGAGGUGGAGUUGAGAUUAUCAGUAGAGCAACAGGUCACUGAAAGACUGGCAGCUAUACAGGAAGAGAACGCCAAGAAUAGUGCUAAGUUACGAGAACAACACAGGAAGCAGUUGUUGGAUCUGAGUGCUCGUCAUGAAAGGGAGUUGGUGGCCCAGCAGGACCAGUUCAGAGCCCAGCUUCAGGAAAGAGACGAGAGACAUCAACAAAUCACACAAGACUAUGACAGAAAGUUGUCUGAGCUACAUGAAGAGCUGAUAUCUUUGGCCACCACUAAAAGGAGACUUGAGACCCAGAGGGCGGAGCUUGUGUCUAGACUCCAGGGCAUGAUGCGUUCCCACUGGACUGAAGCACUGAGACUGUUAACCAGUCAGGACCAGAUUGAAGGGACUUUCUCUCCGCUGUCUUUGUGGGAUGGUUCCAAGCCUCAGUCCUCUUCUGUACACCAGGACACUAGCAUCUGUGGAACAGCCAGCGCAAUGCUCCCCAGGCGGUAG